AUGCCGUCGAUGGAUAAAUUGAAGGCCUCUAUCUCUGAGGCGGUUGUCAAGCGCGAAAAUGCAUUCGCAGCGGCUUCCACUCUUCUCAAACUAAUCAAAAGUUUGACCACCGAAGCAGAUGUUGCCAACAUGUGCUUGGCCGAGUUGUUUAAGGUGGAGAAGACCUUCAAAGAGGCUGACGAGUUGAUCGUAAAGCUCAACUCUCAGUUAGAAGAAGGACGGGACGAGGCACCCUCAAAGUUUUCUGCCUUUUUUGAGAUUUGCCUGCAUGUCCGUGCUGCCCAUAGCAAUCUGACUGCAUCUCCUUUGGCUGCGAAGCCUUCCUCUGUUGAUCUCCCUAUUCCUCGUGUCGAAUUGCCCUCUUUUCAUAGAGAAAUCGAGGAAUGGCCUGGCUUCAUCGCGCUAUUUGAUGCCCUAGUGCAUCAAAAUAACUCCCUGGCGCCAGUCCAGAAGUUCCAUCUUCUGGCAUUUUCUCUUGCUGGUGAGGCGGCUUCUGUCAUCUCCGGCUUCGAGAUGAAUUCGGUGAAUUACGCUCUCGCCUAUCAAGCCCUGUCCUCCUGUUAUCAAAAUCCUCGUCGGCUUGCUGACCUGUAUGUGAGCCAGAUACUGGAUUCACGGCCUGCGUCUGUUUCUUCCUUGUCCCAGCUGAAACAGUUCGCCACCACGCAUCAAAACGCGAUCAAUGCCAUCAAGGCGCUGCCCAUACCAGAUUUAGCGGACUAUCUUCUGUUCUCUCUGGUUUUGCGCAACCUGGACGUACCAUCUCGUCAGUUGUUCGAGGGGCAGCUAUCCUCGGAUGACUUUCCCAAUCUCUCGCAACUGCUCGAAUUCACCAAUCGACAGCUGCGAGUGUUGGAAAGCACUUCUAUCACGUCAUCCCGUUCGUCUGUGCCGAAGAGGUCGUCAAGACCACCAUCACCGGUAGCCUCAGCUUCUGUUUCUCCAUCGGCUGUGCCUUCAUCCUCUGGCCAGUCCUAUCGCCGUCCGGCAUACACUGGUUCGCGCUCAUCUCCAUCGCCCGCAUGUGUUUUCUGCUCUGCAAAUCACUCCAUUCGCCAGUGUCGUGAAUUCAAGGCCAUGACUAUUCAUAAGCGAAGAGCUUUCGUGACUGAGCAACGAUUGUGCAGAAAUUGCAUGUCGUCGUUCCACUCCACUGCCACUACGUCGUCUUCCGUUUCCCACACGAGGGAGCAGUCGACAGACCAACUCCCCUCUCCACCUUCUGUAUCCCGCACGGAGGAGCCAUUGACAGAACUAUCCCCUUCUCCACCUAUUUCUUCAAAGCAGUCAGCUCGUACUCCCACCUCUCGAGUUGGAGUACGAGGUCGAUUGAUGAAUGUCGCGCACGUUUUCUAG